AGGGAGUAUCCAUCCAUGGAAAUAAGGCGAACGAGGAUGAUGAUAAGCGAAUGACGAGUGGACUAUUUGGUUGAUUAGUGGAUAAUGUAGGUCGGGAUAAAGUGGUUUGUUUUGGUUAAUAGAUAGUUGUUGUGAAUCUGUACGUCGAAACUGAAUGGUGCUGUGUUCUCUGUGAAUUUUGUCUUGGAUGCUGGGUUCUGUAGUGUUUCUGUUGUGGAGUGGGUCCGGUGAGCGUCACGAUGGCGGAGGCAGCUGGUGCCGCUAGUGCCAAGCCCAACGCGGAAAUCGUCCGCGGCCAGGUGUUCGAGGUUGGCCCCAGAUACACCAACCUUCAAUACAUCGGCGAGGGAGCCUAUGGGAUGGUUGUGUCGGCCAUCGACAACGUUAAGAAGACGAAAGUUGCCAUUAAGAAAAUAUCGCCGUUCGAGCACCAAACCUACUGCCAGAGGACGCUACGGGAAAUCAAAAUCCUCACGCGGUUUAAACAUGAAAAUAUAAUCGACAUUCGGGACGUGUUAAGAGCUGAUACCAUCGACCAGAUGAAGGAUGUCUACAUCGUACAGUGCUUAAUGGAAACCGACCUUUAUAAAUUGUUAAAAACACAGAAAUUAAGUAACGACCACAUCUGUUACUUUCUGUACCAAAUUCUGCGAGGGCUCAAGUACAUCCACUCGGCGAACGUCCUCCACAGGGACCUCAAGCCCUCUAACCUCCUCCUCAACACCACCUGUGAUUUGAAGAUUUGCGACUUCGGUCUGGCUCGAGUGGCGGACCCAGACCACGACCACACAGGCUUCCUCACGGAGUAUGUCGCCACACGCUGGUACCGGGCGCCCGAGAUCAUGCUCAACUCCAAGGGCUACACCAAAUCAAUAGACAUCUGGUCAGUGGGUUGUAUCCUGGCGGAGAUGCUCUCCAACCGGCCCAUCUUCCCGGGCAAGCAUUACCUGGACCAGCUCAACCAUAUCCUGGGCGUCAUCGGCUCGCCAAGCCAGGAGGACUUGGACUGCAUCAUCAAUGAAAAGGCCCGCAGCUACCUGGAAUCCCUGCCGUUCAAGCCGCGCGUGCCCUGGACACAACUCUUCCCGGGCGCGGACACCCGCGCCCUGGACCUGCUGCACCGCAUGCUCACCUUCAACCCCCACAAGCGCAUCACCGUGGAGGAGGCGCUCGCGCACCCCUACCUCGAGGAGUACUACGAUCCUAAUGAUGAGCCGGUAGCGGAGGAGCCGUUCCGAUUCGCUAUGGAGCUGGACGACCUUCCGAAGGAGACCCUCAAGAAGCUGAUCUUCGAGGAGACGCUACUGUUCAAGCAACAAAACGAGGACGCGUAGACAGGAGCUGCGCCUUUGUCCCCGCGCCCCGCCCCGCGCCGCCGCUGCGAGGGGUGAGACAUACCAACUCCGUGUUUUCCUCCUUUCUCAAAUUCUAAUUUCGAAAAUAACGAGCAGCAUCAACCAAUUUAAUUCUCGUGAAGCGUUUGUCACGCGUUCAGACGGCGACGUGCGAAUAUACCAACGAUUGCGCUGCUGCUACCAACAAAUUUCGCACGCCGAAAACAUACUACAAAAAUUGCAAUUUAUUCGUUUUGCAGAUAAGCUCUUAUCAGAAAUGCUAUGUGGACGUUCACAACGGAGACGUGCAAUUUUAUCGCUGAAAAUACUGAUAUCAUUUAUCAAGUACUCAAUAAUCAACUAGCUGUGUUUGACUAGGGCCCAAUGUGAAAGAUUGAUAAUAAACAGUGCAGUAGCUGGAACAUGUAUAUAGAAAGGGAAAACACGGAGUCGUGUGUUCGGUGGUGUUGGAUAGAACGAACGUGAAGCGAAUUGUCAAACAUUCAGUACAUGUAGUCGGUUAACCCAAAGUUUAGUGAACCAUUCGGAGUUUAUGACAGAGUUGGUAUUAUAUUGUAAUAUUACGUAUUUUAAGCAGUAAAGGCGAAAAUGCUAUACAUUAUCGCGAUAUUGAAUCGAAUCUUUUUAAUUUCUUUGGCGCCGCUUGCAGGCUGUGGCCGAUCGAUGACUCUUUGUUGUCGAUGUAAAAUGUAUAAUAGUGUUUUGCUAAGUGCGGCCAAAGAAAUCAUCGCUGUUGCUCUGGUUUCAUGUUUCCAACCAUGCUAGCAGUUUCAUCCAAACAACUGGUUAAAUUCAAACCAUGCUUUCGUUUAUAGUACUUUAAUGAUAAGUGUAAUUACUAUAGAAAAUGUCUGUAAUUGAGAAAAUAUCGUAACGAUUUGACUGGGUCGGAAUGUAGAAAAGUUACAGUAAAAAGAGUAGAAAAACUUAUAGAAAUAUAGAUAGGACUUUCUGAAAUUUAUAAUCGUUAAACAUACCUAGUCGUACGAUUUCUAAAUUGAGGUGUAUUGAACCAAAUGACGGCACGACCGCGGCGCGAGCGAGGCUCGUGCACCGUACAAUGCAAUGUCGUGUACGGGACACCCAGUGAAUGCUGAUGAGAUGAAGAUGUCGAACUGGGAUUCAGGAUCGCAGCGUAUAAUGACAAUUCAAACGCCAAGCGAUACUUUUAAUUUCGCAACGGAACCUCAACAUCUCUGUAAAAUAACAUUAAAAGAGCUAAAACAUAUAUUUGAUGAUGUAAAUAUUUUUACAUGUAAUAUGAAUUAAUGUAUUUUGAGGUGUCACCGAAUAAUAAUUUCCAGCACUACUUAUUCAUCAAUUUAAUGUGAUCUUACGAAUAAAAUGUAUUUUCUCUUUGAGCUGUAUGGAGGUCUAUGUUGAAAAACUUGUUUGUUUCAAUGUUUUUUCAAAUAAUUCUGGUCUUCCUUCUAUUGCAUGUUAGCGCACAAGACGAUUUUAGAAUAGUUAAUUCUUCAUAUCAAAUGUUUUAAAUAGAUAUUUAUGAAUGUUUAAAAAUUGUUUGGGGAUUGUGCGGUUAGGACCGCGUUCGGAAACUAGAGUUUUAUCGAUUGAAAUUAUAAAUAAAAUUGGAUUCUAUCGAGAGAAGUAUUUUUGCACAGAUUAAUGAUUCUGGUUCGCGAGCCGGCGCGUAUGUACCAAGUUUUUCAACGAUUGACCCGAGACGGGGUUCGACGUGUUUGGGAGCGAUCUUCGCGGGUCUAAUCUAUUGUUACACUUUAAUAUGUGUGUAAGAUGUUGUUAGGAUCGAGGUCCGCAUCGUUUUCAGUGGGCCUCGACUCUGGGCUAACACGGUCUACUUCUAUAAGACUUGAAUAAAGUUGUUUGUUGAACUAAGCAUAUUAGAUGAGAAUAUUUGUCAUUUAGAGUCAUACAUUAAAAAUGUAACGUUUUGUUCAGCUCAAGUACCGAAGAGUUGAGUUUAGCUUGAGGCGUGAUGUUCCGUAUUAUGUAUACUGUUGUAAGUAAGCGCGGCCUCACUUGCAGGCGCUGAUCACACGGCGUGAGCGAGGCGAGACGCGAGGCCGCCGCGACUCUGUAUUACUACUUUGACUUUUGUGAAAUAAUAAAAUAUAUCUUAGUAUUGCGUAUUCGCUCAUGGUGUGAUUACGCCUUUAUCGUUAGGCGUAGUAUUUCAUUCAUAUUUGAACGUGACGGUCGACUCAUCGCAUCCCUGACAUACAAGACAUGUAUUAGAAAGAAAUCAACAUGUGACGCUGCAAACAGACGCAACAAAAAAUUGUAAUGAACAAUGAAGCAUGCCUAUUUGUACAGAUUUUAUUUUAAACGUCGUCAUAAGUUUAUUGCGUAACUGUAAUUUCAACUGUAUUAUUAGAACUUAAUCGAUCAUCGUUUUAACUAAUAAAAGACAAUCGAGCUAACGGCUACAGUGACGUCACUGUGCUGUGUCGACUCUACUGUAUUAUUUUUAAAGCUAUAUAUUAAUCUUAUGUACUGCUGAAGUCUCUUCCUAAUAGUAUUUUCUAGUUUUACAAACGGAUAACUAAAAGUAUACAAGAUAUUAUAAAGAUGUCACCGGGAUUCUACCAUCACAUACUUAUUGUUAAAAUAUGAGUGUUGCCAUUUCUUAAGUCAUUAUGUACAAAUUGGAUAUUGUAAGAUCAUUUGUUAUCUGUCAACAGUUGAAUAUUACGAAAAUAAAAAUCGAAUCAAAAUA